AUGACAGCUGAAAAGACUCUUCCUAUAAUUAAUGGCAAGCCAGAAGAUGCUUUGGACCCAGAAGCCUCAAGUACCAACCUCAUCCACAGAAAUGAUAAGAAAGUUCAUGAACGAGGUCACUGGAACAAUAAGGUUGAAUUUGUGCUUUCUGUGGCAGGGGAGAUUAUUGGGUUGGGAAAUGUGUGGAGAUUCCCAUAUCUUUGCUACAAGAAUGGAGGAGGUGCUUUCCUCAUUCCAUAUGUGGUUUUUUUUAUUUGCUGUGGAAUACCAGUAUUUUUCUUGGAGACGGCCUUGGGACAGUUUACUAGUGAAGGAGGCAUUACAUGCUGGAGGAAAGUUUGCCCUCUAUUUGAAGGCAUUGGAUAUGCUACCCAAGUUAUAGAGGCACAUCUGAAUGUAUAUUACAUCAUCAUUUUAGCAUGGGCUAUCUUCUAUUUGUUUAACUGCUUUACAACAGAGCUUCCUUGGGCUACCUGUGGACAUGAAUGGAAUACAG